AUGAGCCCAACUACGCAGGCGGUGUGCCGAGGACCUGUUGAAGGUGAACGAGUCGCUGCUGCAGCGGAGGAAUUCGGAUUUGGUCCUCAGACAGGAGCAUCUGGAAGAGAGUGCAAUUUGGCAAUUGGCAGUGAGAUGCAUCGCACUGAUUUGUGGUCCUGGAUCCUUAUCGUCGUGGGAGCGUGGAGCUCCAGCGCCACGGCGAUCGAUGGGAAUUGCUCAAAGUGCCAGGAAAUGUACGGCAUCGAUUCGCAUUCGUUCAACGGCCACCCACGCCCGCCCAUGGAGGCGGAGUACCUUGGCAGGAUAUCGAUGAUGCACGGCGUUAUCGGCGUGUCCCGUGAAGUGGCGGUGAAUAAUAGAUGCCAGAGCGAGUUGGCAGCAAUUGGCGAUGCACUGAGACGCAGGGAAAUCUGGGCGCUGAAAGUGCUUGAUGGCUCUGCGAGCUUCACACCUGGCUUCACGCUCGGCAACAGUCACUGGCUGGGCUUCAGGGGAGCUUGCGAGGCCGCCCAGAACACUCUGGGGGUGACAUUCGAUGAGCGCUACAGUCGCUCCAUGGACACUCAUCUCUUCACCUCAACGGCACCCUUUGACGUUGAUUACCGGGUGGUUUACGCCACCCACGCGUCGCCGCUGCAGUUCGAGAUGAAAUUCCUGGCCGAGAAAAUUCUUCACAUUGGCUUAUGUGUUCCGACAUCGUGUACAGAUGCAGACAUCUGGAACAUGACGCAAUUGUACUUGGACGAAGGGAUAUUUCAAUAUCAGGACAUUUUUCACAUCGACAAUGUUCGGGUGGUGCAAGUGAAGAGUCUGAGGGUGGGAAAUGGAUUUCACCAGAAGACCAGUGUCAAGCUCCUUUGCGGUUUGGUGGUCUUCACGUGCUUGAUGACGUUUCUGUCGUGGCGCGGCGACAAAAUGGACCAGAAGGACAACAACAAUGGUCAUCAGGAUGGGAAUGAGCAGCAUCUGGAGGGCAAUGCAGCCGCGAACAAUGCAGCAAAUUCGAUGAUUCAGAAGUCGGAAAUUGCACUCUAUCAAAGGAUUGUGAAUUGCUUCUCCCUCGAUGAGAAUGUCCGUGAACUUGUGAGCACAAAAGCACCCGCCAAUUCCAUUUCCGUGAUCAACGGCAUCAGAUCAAUUGUGUGCUUCUGGAUUCUCUGCUUCCACAUGUACUGGUUUCAGCACUUCACCGUCAGCAACACAGCAACAUUGUUCGCCACCGGAGAGCGGUCCUACUUCUUGUUCAUCAGCAAUGCACCCCUGCUCGUGGAUGUGUUCUUCACCAUCAGUGGAUUCUUGCACUCCUACAAUUUUCUGCGCGACACGAGAAAGCUCGAGGAGGUGAAGAGGAACAACUUGUACACAAAUGCUAAAUUAUUCGGCAAGAUGCUCCUCAAUCGCUAUCUAAGACUCUCACCGCUCUUCUUUGUCGUGUGCCUGUUUGGCGAAGUCAUCACAGCAUAUCUGAUGGAUGUUUCGCAAUUUUGGAUUCACGAGCGCUACGAUUUGACUUGCCAGAGAUAUUGGUGGCGAAACGUGCUCUACAUCCACAAUCUCUUCGAUAAGGACGAACUGUGCAUGAACUGGGGUUGGUCAAUUGCAUGCGAAAUGCAGUACUCGGUCAUCUUCACCGUUCUCCUAUUUAUCUAUGCCAAGAAUCCUCAGCUGUGCAAGAAGAUCUUCCUCGGCUUCACCACUGGCGUCUUUGUCGUGUCUCUGAUCAGCCACUGGCGGAAUCGCUUUCAGUGCUCCUUCGACGUGAUUUACAACACCGGCAAUGAACUGUACAUGGCGCCCUGGAAUCGAAUUCAUCCCUAUAUUGCGGGCAUAUUUGCUGGCUGGUAUCUCAUUUCCCGCAGUGGAAAAGUCAAUAUAAGCCCGAGAAGAGUGAAGCUCCUGAAGGGAGUUUCGGUGUUCUUCUUCCUCCUUAGCAUUCACUCUACGAUCGUUCGGACAGUUCCUUAUCAACACGCCGCCGUUCUGCUGACUGUCGGUCGCUUUGCCUUCGGAUUUUCCGUCGUCUGGCUGAUUUUGUGCAGUAUUUGUGGCUUUGGCGGUUGGUUCACCGACAUGUUGAGUGCGAAGCUCUUUGUGCACAUCAACAAGCUGUCGUAUGGCGUUUACCUGCUCAAUCCACUGAUCAUCUCCACCAUUCACGGCCUCCGCGAUGGCAGCAGUCACUUCUCACCUGUGAUCAGCUGGGUCAUGACAAUCGGAAUGAUGAUCAUCGUGUAUUGCGUGUCUUUCGUCUUCACACUCUUCUUCGAGAUUCCCUAUCACAAGCUGGCGACGCUGAUGCUGCGGAGCAGCACAAAGUCCAAAUCAGCAUAGAUAUUAGAUGCAAAAUUAACCUAAUUUAUAAUGAAUAAAUGUACCACACUUUUGUACAAUCACGAGAUGCGAUGUGGGUGACAAAUGGCGCGGUGGCGAGGCUGGGAAGGUCGUUGAAAGUAAAUUUGCCGAGAUGGAUGUUGAAUGGCUUGUUGAGUGUCUUCAGUGUCGUCAAUUUGGGAGCGAUGAUAUGAGCAAAUA